GGCACUUUUAUGUUUGCGUCAACUCAAGAUUUCAAAAGUAGGGUUAGUGAACCACAGUGUCAGUGAUUAAAUUUUUACUCAAUUUUAAAUUAUAAAUUAUUUUUGUAUUUUUGAAAAAAUAUUUUACGAAAAAUCUUAUUUGAUAUUUAAAAUAAAGCCUUUUCAAUAAUAUUUAUCUGAUUAAUAACUUGAAUAAUAGCUGACAAAAAUAAUAAUAACUUUUCAUAACGGUAAAUUGUGUUUACCCUGGUGCGGUGCGUUACAUUUUUGUCAAUUUCUUGAAUUGUAAUAAAAUUCAAUAGCAAUCUGUCAAAGACUUUUAGUCAAUCUUUCAGAAAAGAAUAGCUAUUUCAUAAAUGACACUAUAGGUGCUACAGUAAUAAAUGUUUAAAAAGCAAUAUAUAGUAACUAUACUAACGUGUAUGGUAAUUAAUUAUUAGUACGGUAGGCAAAUCAAUUAGUUCACAUUUAUUAAUAGUAGCCUAACUAAUAAUAGAAGAGAUAAUAACGGGAUUAUUUGAACUGUUAAUUUUGUGAAUUGUAUGUUUGCUCAUAUUGGCUAAGCAAGAAUGAACAAACCUACUAAGGAAAAGUCAAAUUCUGAACAGCCAAAAGCAAAAUCAAGAAUGCAUGAACAUUGGUGGAAAGUAUUUCUUGGAAUUGUUGUACUUUCUGCUUGGACCAGAUUCUACAAAGUAACUGAGCCAGAUCACGUUUGUUGGGAUGAAACACAUUUUGGAAAAAUGGCUAGCUGGUAUAUAAACAGGACAUUUUUCUUCGAUGUGCAUCCACCUCUUGGAAAGAUGUUAAUUGCACUGUCCGGCUACACAUCUGGCUAUGAUGGGAGUUUUCCCUUUGAAAAACCCGGCGAUAAGUACGAAAACGUGAACUACGUUGGAAUGAGAUUGUUUUGUACAUUGUUGGGCGCGUGCAUUCCACCAAUGGCCUUCCUCACUGUCUGGGAAAUGACGUAUUCCCUGCAGGCAGCAGUACUGUCUUCACUUUUCAUUCUUUGUGAUGUCGGAAUAUUGACCUUGACGCAGUACAUUCUACUUGACCCGAUUCUUCUGUUUUUCGUGAUGGGAACAAAUUUGGGAGUGGUCAAAGUCCACGCUUGCCGAAAUGAACCUUUCUCUGGGAAAUGGUGGAUAUGGCUAGUCAUCACUGGUGUGAUGCUCUCGUGUGCGGUGAGCGUCAAGUUUGUGGGCUUAUUUGUUGUCCUACUGGCUGGAUUCAGAACUCUAGAAGAGCUGUGGGAUAUUCUAGGAGAUCUCUCAAAACCUGUCAUCUAUACCGUUUACCAUUUUGCAGCCAGAGCGCUUUGCUUGAUAGUAUUGCCAGCUAUUUUAUACACAGCAUUUUUCUACAUUCAUCUCAAAGUCUUGAGCAAAAGUGGUAAUGGAGAUGGGUUCUAUAGUUCAGCAUUCCAGUCACAGCUCGAAGGAAAUUCAUUGCAUAAUGCUAGUUUACCAAAAGACGUGGCGUACGGGGCUAUUGUUACUUUGAAGAAUCAUAGAACAGGUGGCGGAUACCUGCAUUCGCACUGGCAUUUGUACCCUGAAGGAGUGGGAGCCCGUCAGCAACAGAUUACGACCUACACUCAUAAAGAUGAGAACAACAAGUUUUUGAUCAAGUACUACGACAAGGAGAUGGAUGUGAAUGACACUGAGGUGACACUGCUGAGGCACGGAGCCUUGGUCAGGCUGGAGCAUGUCACAACCCACCGCAACCUACACUCGCACAGAGAGCCUGCUCCCAUCAGCAAAAAACACUAUCAAGUUACUGGUUAUGGUGAGAAUGGCAUUGGUGAUGCUAAUGAUGUCUGGAAAGUUCAGAUAAUUGGCGGCCAGGAAGGAGAUGUAGUUCACACGGUUACAAGCAAACUGAAGUUUAUUCAUGCCUUGCAACAUUGCAUCCUCACAACAAGUAACAAGCAGCUUCCCAAAUGGGCUUAUGAGCAGCAAGAGGUUUCAUGCAAUCCGAAUCUGAGGGAUAAAAAUGCAAUCUGGAAUGUUGAAGAUAAUGUUUUUGACAAAUUGCCGAUUGUGAGCUUCGACGUGUAUGCACCAGGAUUCAUAGAACGCUUCAUUGAAUCUCACGCAGUGAUGUUUCAAGGCAACGCAGGCCUCAAACCCAAAGAAGGAGAGGUCACUUCAAGGCCCUGGCAAUGGCCAAUCAAUUUCCGAGGACAAUUCUUUUCCGGUAAUCCGUUCCGCAUUUAUUUGCUUGGAAAUCCAGUAAUUUGGUGGGCGAACUUGAUACUCCUGUUGGUGUUCAUUGUGACAUUUCUGUUCACUGCAGUUCGAGAGCAACGAGGAUAUAUGGAUCCUGAACCUUUCAAUGAUUUGAAAAGGAGACUAAUCCACAGCUGUGGAUGGCUGUUUGUUGGGUGGGUUCUACAUUAUCUACCAUUUUGGGCCAUGGGCAGAGUUCUGUACUUCCAUCAUUACUUUCCAGCUCUACUGUACAGCUCCAUGAUUUCAGGUAUUCUUGUGACAUUCUUUCUGGAAUCGAUUAUUCACAUACUGCCUGAAAAAUACGGAAAUCCGUUAUUUCAUUCAAUGAACGGCAUUGUUCUAUCCGCCAUAGCAUACAGUUUCUACCUGUUUGCUCCACUUGCCUAUGGAAUGGAAGGCCCAUCGGCGGGCGACCCACAAAGUGUCAUGCAUGGUCUCAAGUGGUUAGACUCUUGGGAGUUUUAAUAGAGUGUGCCUGUUUGGGAGUUUUAUGCCUGUUCACCUAAAUUGGCAUUCUAAAUCUUAGAAAAUUUUAAUAAUAUUACACAUUUUGACAAUGACAGCCAACAUUCAUAUUGUUUGUAUAUUAGUACUGUAGCAUUAGGUACUUGAAGAGUAACUUAUACGAGUAUAUGAACAUCUUGACUGAUAAGAUAUGUAUUUUUCUUAUUUAUUUUACUUUUGUCCUUAAAUUUGUUAAGUAGGCUAUAAGAAUAAUACUUAAAUUUAUCAGUAUUUAUAGAAUAUGUAUUUAUAUCGUACUGAAUAAACAUAGUAUUUACCGAGUUUUAGAAUUUUUUUGAAAAUUAUGUUUUGUGGAUUUUGUUUAAAGUUUUUAUAAUGUUAUUACUUCCAAGCCAAGCCAAGUAAAUGUGAAUUUUAUUUUUUACUAACAAUUAUAAUUAUCUAGAACAGUUUUAGAACAAUAUUAUUUAUUCAACACACUUGAAUUGUUAUUUUUUAUAUAAUUAGCAUGUUUUCUAUUGAUAAGUAUUUUACUAUUUUUAUACUUUUAAAGAAAAAUAUAGUGGUUGACACCUUUUUUAAAUAA